AUGUCUCAAAAAUAUUUAGUAAUCGUCCAUUGCGUUUUCCUUCUUUUGAACUUAUUCAAAACAAAUUGCUAUUCCGUACAAUCUCACAGCAAUUUGAAAACAAAUAAUUCUCAAUGUAUUGGCUGUAUGAAUGGAAAAACUAAAACAUUAAGAAACAUCGAAAGUAAAAAUAAUAGAAUCAAUAGUUCUUUCUUACAUGUACGAGAAGAUGAAGAAGAUGAUAAUACAUUUUAUAGUCUCAAAUUAAAUGAAAAAAAUUUUAGAUGGAGCAUACCAUUAGCAAUAGGUUCAGAUAAGACUGUUAUUGAUUUAGUUUUAACUAUUGCAAAUUCUUCUACUGCAUUUUAUUGCUAUGAUGAAAAGAAACCCUCUCCAGAUACAGAAACAUUAGGAUAUGAUUUAUCGAAAUCUACAGAUUUGAAAUAUGUUGAUUGUAAAGAUGAAACAUGUACUGAAAUUUUAGGAAGUAAUAAGUGUUUAAUUUUAGAAGAAUAUUUUAAAUUAUUAAAUGGAUAUGUUUUGAGAAAAAAAAGUUGUAAAAGCAAAUUUUGUGAUUAUGUAAAUAAAAUGAAUUUUUUAAAUAUGAGUAAUCCAGGUGUAGAUAAAAAUGCAUCUGUAUGUCCAUUUGAUAAUAAAGUUGAUAGUGAUAAAAUUAAAGGGUUCUAUUUUAAUGAUUCCUUUUUAAUUAGUAAGGAAAAAAAAGUUACAUAUAAUUAUUUUGGAUGUAUAACAGAAAAUGAAAAUUUAAAUAUUAAUGAAAAUACAUCUGGUAUUAUUGGAUUAACUAAUGAUUAUAAAGCUGAUAAGAAAUAUUCAUCUAUUUUAAAUUCUUUUAUUUCAAAUUCCGAAUCAAAAAAAAAUAUAUUUGGUGUAUGCUUAAUUGAUGGGGGUGGGUUUAUUUCAUUUGGAGGAUAUGACAAAUUAGCAUUAAAACCUGGUGUGCCUCCAAAAAAAGUAAAAGGCCCAGAAGAUAGUGAUGAUUCUGUAGACACAUCUUAUAGAAACACAUUAUUAUCUAUUGGAGAUGAUUCAGAUGGUUUAAUUUGGGUAGACUAUUCCGAAUCUACAAAUGAAUUAUACAAAGUAAAAGUGACAAAAAUAAAUGUGAACGUAACUGAUGAUAGCUCAGAACAUGAAGUUAACAAAGAUUUUAUCCUUGAUACAUAUGACUACUUUAUAUCGCUACCCAGAGAAAUUUCAGCUAAACUUACAGAAAAAAUUAAUAAAAUAUGUAAAGAUUUAAAUGACAAAUGUAAACAAGUUGAAAAUUCUGGAACAUUCCAAAUGGAAAGUGAGCAAGUAGCAUCUUUCCCAGCCAUAGAAUUUUAUUUCAAUGAAAACAAAGUGGUGGUCCAACCCCAAGAUUAUAUAAUAAAUGACGGAGAUAAAAAUUACAAAAUUUUAGUAAAACAUGCUGAAAGCAAUGAAAAACUUGGAGUCCCAUUUUUCUUGAGCAAAUAUAUAAUAUUUGACAACGAACAAAAGAAAUUAGGUAUUGCCCAAUCUGCAUGCCAAACUAAAAACGCAUUCUCACCACAAGAUUCUUCUGUCAAACCACCAGUAGUACCUAAAGAACCAACCGAAGUUGUUGAUCUCCCAGCCAAAGAUAAAGGGCCAGGUGAUGUCAUUGUAGUUCCAGGUGAAGAUAAAAGACCAGGCGAAGUUAUAGUACCAGAGGACGGUGAAGAUAAAGGUUUUUACGAAAAAAAUAAAACAGCCAUUUUAGCAGUCUCUGGUGUUGCUGUUUCAGGAUCUAUUAUUGGAAGUAUUUUUUACCUUUUAUAA